AUGUAUUCACACCCUCACGCACCGCACUUUCCCUCCCACCAAUCCACGCACUCGCCCACUUCUCCCCCCACUUAUUCCCCCACUCACAGCUCUCUGCUUUUCACACUCAUCCGUGACGUGCCAGACAGCAAGGAGGACGUGUACAGAGCUCUCGACGCAUGGGCGGCCUUCCAGCUCGACUUCCCCCUGCUGGCUGUGAAGCGAGCUCUUAGGAUGAUGCAGCAGGAGGGCCAGUGGAAGCGAAUACUGCAGGUGUGCAAGUGGAUGCUGGCGAGGGGGCAAGGGCGGACGUUUGGCACGUAUGAUUUGAUGAUGGAGGCCAUGGCUGCCACGGGGCGGCACGCUGAGCUGGACGGCACGUGGGAGCGAAUAAUGGGCCGCCAUCUGGACACGGUGCCGCGUGCCACGUUUGCACGAGUGAUGAGCCUGUACAUGCAACAGGGACGGCCGCUCAAAGUGCUCGAGGUGUACGGCAGCAUGAUAGAGCUGGGUGUGAAUCUGGAUGAGGGCAUGGUGAUGCAGGUGCACAGGGCGUUGAUUAACAUCGGGGCGGAGCAGAGAGCAGAGGCGCUGCUGCAGGAGCACCAGAGCGUUUUGACUCCACCAGUUGGGAAGGCUACGCCAUCUUCAGGUGAUCCCAUAGACAUGCUGCCGGAGCACCUCUGGCACAAAGCCUUCCUCUACCUGCUGCUGCCACCCGGCUCCUCCCACCCCAUCAAUCCCCUUCCCUUCUCACCCAUGUCACCCAUGCCACCCAUAUCAAUCACCCGUUUCUCCUUCCAGCCGCCACCCCCAGUGAUCCAAUAG